AUGAAUUUUUUUCAAGGCAUCCAGGGACAGCUCACGUCAUUGUUGGACGGGUUGGACCCGAAGGAUCUGUCGACUAUAAGUUUUGGUCCUAGUCACUCUCCUGGUGAACACUGUGAUUGUGCAAGCAAUCGCCUUCUCGAUGACCUCAACAAGGAAAUCAACACAUAUGCUCAUUCCUCAGACAUCACCAAAAACAUCGUCGACACCAUCGCAUAUGCAAAAGUGAUCAAGCACAUGGAGUACCUCGGGAACUGCAUGAAUGACAUUGGGCCCAACCUCACCAUCCUCAUCGGUGAGCUCGUUGGGGGCCUGACUCAUCUUCCACACCGGAAGUGUAAAGGUUACAAUACCUUACAAGGUCCUUUGACCGAAGAGCUACACAUGCCAAUGGGGUGUAUUGCGAGAGAGAGAGUCAAAGAUACAAGCAGUAAGGUAAACGUAGAUGAUGAAAAUAAAGUCCAGAUCCCUUACACCCUCCCCCUUGAGAUUGGGCAUAGGGAAGCAAUCUCGAUGAAAGAGUCAAAUUACAAUAAGAUCCUGUUAUUGUCCUGUGAAUCGAGCUCAUCGGCUUUGCCAUCAACAUUCGGGUUCGAGCCUGAAGUAAUGGUCAUCGCGAUAGAGGCCUUGGUUGAUGGGGAAGCGGUAGGAGCAGUCGACAAACUUGCUCGUGGCCUCCUGAAUGAUUGGGUAAUUGAGGAAAUGUCUGCGAUGCGCUUCGAGGAUCGGAAUUAA